GGAAAUAAGAGGGCAAAAAGCGACGCGAAACAUACAGCAAAUGGCGGAAGAGAGAGGCGGAGAGGGGCCGGAGAGGGGGAACAACUCCUCCUCCGCCACCAUGAAGAACUGGAGGAUGGAGGUCGACGAGAACCUAAAGCGGCUCCACUCCCUCCUCUUCGGCGUCGAUCUCGCCCUUGAGCGGGGGGACCACUCCGCGGCCCGAACUCUUGCGUUGCGCCUCGUCGGGUUCCUCGAUUCGCGGACGAAAACGCUGGCAGACGCCGCUCUCAUCGCUCCCAUCCGCUCCGAGGCCGCCUCCAAGCUCGCUGCCGCUUCCCGUGCUCUUGCUCCAGAAUCUGAUCGACAGGCAUUUGAACAAGCAAGAAGAGAUGUUAGCUGUGUUUUUGCUAAAUCUACUGAUGUGGACAUUGAGAAGAUUAAGGAGUCAAAAUACUUCCGAGCUUUCGUCAACAACUCCAAAGCAAAUGUUGCUAAUAGUUUGAUAAAUGGUACAUCAUCAUGCAAGAAUGGUCCUAAGGGUUACACUGUCCAGGAUGACCAAUCAGGGUUGCUUGAUAUACACGAUAAGUCGAACGCCAUUCCAGCAAAGCUUAUGACCCAGGCAAAGAUAACAUCAAUCUUUGGCAAUAAAGGCUCAAAGCCAGAAAUUACUGUUUCUCAUAUGAAAGUUCAGAAUUGUCAAAGCAAUGCCUAUCAGGAGUGCAUUCAUAUUGACAAUGAAAAAACCAGUAACAAUAUACUUUCCAGCAACAAAGAUGGCCCUAUUUCUAUACAAGCUGAAGAAUUAGAAAAAUCACAUGGAAUAUCUUUGAAAUCAAAGCGCCGGCACUUGGAAUUUACAAGCCCAAUCUGUGAAAAGUCUCCAUCAAGCAAUAAAGAAACUAAUUUGGGUACUUCUUGCCAUGGAUUUGUGACUGCAAGGACAAAAUUGGAAAUGGAAGCUAGGCAAAGAGCUAGUUUGGCAAGUUCACACAGUGCCACCAUUUCCCCACAAACUGAUAAAAGUUCUUAUGGGAACACAAGAAACUAUGGUAUGAGGUAUGGCAAUGUUGCCCGCCGCGGUGUUCGAGGUAACUUUGUGCCGCCUAUCAGAUCUGCUGGAGGAAAUACUGGUGGUAUAAGUAACUCAAAGAUUUCAGGGAAGUGUGAUGAUGGCCUGGAGGAUUCAACAAGAAAAUGCUUAGAAUUAUUGUGUGGUCCUGAUGGUGAGCUACCAGAGAAGUUACGGAACUUGGAACCUCAUCUAAUUGAACAUAUAAGUAAUGAGAUAAUGGAUAAAGACCCCAAUGUUCGAUGGGAUGAUAUAGCUGGCUUGGAGCAUGCUAAGAAAUGUGUAACCGAGAUGGUGAUAUGGCCACUUUUACGACCUGACAUAUUUCGUGGUUGUCGUUCUCCAGGAAGAGGUCUGCUGUUAUUUGGUCCUCCUGGGACUGGCAAAACAAUGAUUGGAAAAGCUAUUGCUGGAGAGGCAAAGGCGACCUUUUUCUACAUAUCAGCGAGUUCUUUAACAAGCAAAUGGAUUGGUGAAGGUGAAAAGCUGGUCAGAGCACUUUUUGGAGUUGCUAGCUGUCGUCAGCCUGCUGUCAUCUUUGUGGAUGAAAUCGACUCUCUACUAUCACAGCGCAAGUCUGAAGGUGAGCAUGAAUCAAGUAGGCGGCUAAAAACACAGUUUCUGAUUGAAAUGGAAGGUUUUGACAGUGGAAAUGAACAGAUUCUGCUUGUAGGAGCCACAAAUCGGCCUCAGGAACUUGAUGAGGCAGCUCGUAGGCGAUUGACUAAACGCUUAUAUAUACCCCUUCCAUCAGCAGAAGCAAGAACUUGGAUUAUUCGAAAUCUUUUGAUGAAGGAUGGGCUAUUUAAGCUUUCAGAAGAUGACUUGAUUGUGAUCUGCAAAUUGACUGAAGGUUAUUCAGGAUCAGACAUGAAGAACCUCGUGAAAGAUGCAUCCAUGGGGCCACUUAGAGAAGCCCUGAGUCAGGGUAUCGAGAUCACAAAACUUAGAAAGGAGGAUAUGCGGUCUGUCACCCUUCAGGAUUUCGAGAAGGCACUGCAAGAGGUUAGACCUUCUGUUUCUUUAAAUGAGAUGGGCAUCUAUGAGGAGUGGAACAAACAAUUUGGAAGCUUAUCGAUAUAGACAUCCAAAGAGCAAAUGUUUCAGUAAGUAUCAGACGCGGGCUACACCUUUGCAGCGGCUAAGUUCUGAUCCUCCGAAGUUGAGUUUCUCGACUCUUGCCCAUGAGACAAAAUAUCAAUCGAGAGAGAAUUAUUGGAUGGCUUUAUAGUUUCUAUCCGUAAAAGGGCCUUAUGGGUGUUCCACUGAUGCCUCGAUACCUUCCCAAUUGUUGGGAACACAAAUAUCUUCAAGGGCCUUGUGUAUUCUGCUGACGCCAUCAUAGUUUUUUCUGUUGUGAAGAACACGAAUGUUGUGGAGCCUAUAAUUUUUUAUAUCAUGCACUAGAGCUACUUGUAUUAUUGAGUUUCUAUACUUUUCAUGUUAGAUCAUGUACUACUAGAUCGAUGACUAUGCUGAAUUCGUGUAUGAUGCAAUAACAAUAG